AUGUCCACGGCAGUCGUUGGCGACGAUGACCUCCUCGAGCCCACACUGCAGAACCUGCUUGACCAGAAGACCUUGCGCUGGAUUUUCGUCGGCGGCAAAGGUGGCGUCGGAAAGACCACUACUUCCUGCUCCCUCGCCAUCCAAUUAGCCAAGCACCGCAAAUCAGUCCUCCUCAUCUCCACCGAUCCCGCCCACAACCUCUCAGACGCCUUCUCGCAGAAGUUCGGCAAGGAUGCCCGCCCCGUCAGUGGCAUCCCGAACCUCUCCGCCAUGGAAAUUGACCCCAAUGGCUCCAUCAACGAUCUGAUCGCUUCUGGCGGCGAUGAAGCGCAAGACGCCAUGGCGAACGGCCUCGGUGGUGUGGGUAACAUGAUGCAAGAUCUGGCGUUCAGCAUCCCCGGCGUGGACGAAGCCAUGAGUUUCGCCGAAGUCCUUAAGCAAGUCAAGAGCCUCAGCUACGAGGUCAUUGUGUUCGAUACUGCGCCCACGGGCCACACGCUGCGCUUCUUACAGUUUCCAAGCGUGCUGGAGAAAGCUCUCGCCAAGGUCUCGCAGCUGUCCCAGCAGUUUGGGCCCAUGCUGCAGUCCGUCAUUGGUGCGCGAGGAGGCCUCCCCGGCGGCGCCAGCUUCGACGAGUUGGUCGAGAAGCUCGAGUCGCUGCGCGAGACCAUCAGCGAAGUGAACACGCAGUUCAAGAACCCGGACAUGACGACCUUUGUGUGCGUGUGCAUCGCCGAGUUUUUGUCUUUGUACGAGACGGAGCGCAUGAUUCAGGAACUCGCCAGCUACAGCAUCGACACCCACUGCAUCGUCGUCAACCAGCUGUUGUUUCCCGAGAAGGCGAAUGAGUGCAAGCAGUGCAAUGCCAGGCGGAAGAUGCAGAAGAAGUACCUCGAGCAGAUCGAGGAGCUGUACGAUGAGUUCCACGUCGUGAGGAUGCCGCUGUUGACCGAGGAGGUGCGCGGCGUGGAGAAGCUGGAGAGGUGA